GCUCCUGGGAUUCUCCACCAACUUCGUGUUUCUCCUCCAGUUCUUCUUGGCUGCCUUGGCUUGCAUCUUCAGCUUCAGGUGCUAGAUCAAGGUGACCCUGCAGUUCGUCCUGACGAUGGGUGGCGGCGGCGUCGACGACUGUUUGCUGCGCUGCCCUUGUUCUCGUCGGAAAGGUUGGCUCCGGCAAGAGCGCCACCGCCAAUACCAUCCUGGGAUACAACGCGUUCGAGUCGGAGUACUCCUACAUCAGCGUCACGGCGACGUGCCAGAUGAGGAGCACGACGCGUAGCUUUGGCGACGCGGCGGCGCCGCGCGCCGUCAACGUUAUCGACACGCCUGGGCUGUAUGACAUUAACGUGACAACAGAAGACGCUCGUAAGGAGAUUGCCAAGUGCCUGGACAUGUCCAGGGAUGGCAUACACGCCAUGCUCAUGGUUUUCUCAGCUGCUAGUAGGUUUACUCCCGAAGAUGCGGAUACAAUCUAGUCCAUCAAAAUGUUUUUUGGGGACAAGAUUGUUGACCAUAUGAUACCUGUAGGAAGAUGCUAACUGACGAGAACGCCAGAUAUCUGCAGGACACAGUUCAGGCAUGUGGAGAAAGGGUCCUUCUCUUUGACAACAAGUCCAAUGAUGAGCUGCAACUACAGAAACAACUAGCAGAACUGUUUGAUGCAGUGGACUCUGUAAUAGCACGCAAUAGAGGGAAACCCUUCACAAACCAGAUGUUCACUCAGAUUCAGGAAGUUUAUGCUACAAAAGAAGAGAUUCGAGGCGAGGAAUUUUCAGCUGAAAAACUAUUGAAAUCUCAGAAAGAGCUAUAUGAUGGGCAUAUUAUGCAGAUUGCAAAGAUGGUUGAGGAAAAGCUUAACAGUACAAUAGAGAGUCUGCAACAACAACUAAGGGAAGAGCAGAAAGCAAGACAGAAAGCCGAGAAGAAGGUGGCAGAAGCAGUUCUGCGAUCAAAGGAGGAGACCAAAAGACUAAGGAAGGACCUAGAGAAGACCCAACAGGACAGCGACAAAGCGCGUCAGUUUUAUGAGAAAUUCAAAUGAUGGAGUGCACCAUUAUGUGAUCGUCUUCAAAUGGGAAAAUGUUCAGCAGGGUUUGCAUGGAGGAUUUCUAUCUGCUUUCUUGAUUGGAGACUUGGCGCCAGCCAUUACUAGAUGAACUUUUGCCUCACGUUAUCUAUAUGCUCUUAAUCUUAAGUACUCUGUAGUAGUUGAAUACUUGAACCAUAUGUUCUUCAGACUGAGCUGUUCUUGCUACUGUAUUGUACGUCGUGUGGUA